AUGGCGCAAUUCUCCACCCUACCAGCUGAGUUGCGUCAGAUGAUUUGGGAGUUUGCGCUUCCAGCUCGAGUCGUCGAGAUGGGAGAACCCUGCGACCCAGAUAUCAUACCCGAGGAAGACCUCAGACGAGCAUGGAUGAUUAACAAAAAGCCCCCAACCAUUGCUUAUGUCUGUUGGGAAUCCCGCCAAGUCGCUUUGGCCAAAUCCAAACUUCCCAGAGGGGUUACACUUGCGUCGGAUCGCAUUAUAGACCCUCGAUGGUGGCGGAAAUGUACUGACAUUGUUCAUUUCAAUGCCCCUCCUGAGCUCAUCAGUGCUGCACAAAGAUGCAGGCUGUCAGAUGACCUGAUCGACCUGAUGAAACUUCCUAUUAUGUGCAAAAAGGUCUCCAUCAGUGCGGACAUCGUCCACCCUUUUCUGCGUUUCCGUAAUAGAUCUGAUCUCCCAAGAUCCUUGGUCUGGGAAGUGAUUUGCUCAGCAAAUGCAUGCAUUAUCUCCCUGCAUACUGUCUGUAUUCGAGCCACCAUCGAACAAGCUCGGGAGCUGGGGCUCUUUGGCAACGGCGACGAGCCAACACAGUUGAUCGACCCAUUUGACAAGGGAGCUAUCCAGCGGUUCAGACAGCUCUGGAACAAUACGAAAAAAGAGGUAUCCUCAGUCAAGUUCUUCGACACUAUCGACACCGACAGAUUCACCUUUCGAGUCGAAAGGUGGCUCGCGGAGAUGUCAGCAGAGUACAUCCGUUUCAAAUGGACCAGUCCACCUUUCCCAACCCCAAACCCACGGGAGAUAACUGCAUUGCUCCGUCGGUAUCCAGACCAGCGGCACAGCGCUGACGCCAAAAAAUACCUUGUUGGAUUUCCUACUCUGGACCUGAGGAUCAUGUUUCGACUCUGCCCACCUGCAGUGGUUGAUCAAGUGCUUACGUAA